AUCGACCGUCACUCAUACACACACACAAACAAACGUCGUCGAUUCACGCAACAACUGAAAACUAAGAUAUUUAUUGGGAAAACCUUUAUAAACUGAAAAAUUAGCAACGACAAGUGAAAUAACUAAAUCAGCAAGCAACAAAGUGCAUUAUACAAUACGUCAGAUCGCAAAACAAAAAAGUGAAACGAACGAAACUCUGCUGAAAGACGACAAACACACAGAAAAAGAGAGGAGAAAAUUUAUAUUUGCACCAACGAGACAGCCGUCACACACAGUCCGGUUGAACAGUCACACACGAAGCAACAAAAAGUUUGUUUUUGUGUGUGUGCGUGCGUGCGUUUGUGGGGAGAACGAGAAUAUGCCGCUCUUUGGUAAAUCACAAAAGACACCAGCUGAGCUGGUCAAGUCACUGAAGGAGGCCAUCAAUGCGCUGGAAACCGGCGGCGAUCGCAAAGCGGAAAAGGCCCAAGAAGAUGUUAGUAAAAACCUUGUCAGUAUAAAGAAUAUGUUGUACGGAAGCACAGACUCUGAACCACCGGCCGACUACGUGGUAGCCCAACUGUCUCAGGAAUUGUACAAUAGUAAUCUUUUGCUGUUAUUAAUACAAAACCUCCAACGCAUUGAUUUUGAGGGCAAGAAACAUGUGGCGUUAAUUUUCAACAACGUUCUGAGGAGGCAAAUCGGCACGAGAUCCCCCACGGUAGAAUACAUCUGCACCAAACCAGAAAUACUAUUCACCCUCAUGGCCGGUUAUGAAGAUGCGCAUCCCGAAAUAGCCCUCAACUCUGGAACUAUGCUGAGAGAGUGCGCACGCUACGAGGCCUUGGCCAAGAUAAUGAUACACUCUGAGGAGUUUUUCAAGUUUUUCCGUUAUGUCGAGGUGUCGACGUUUGACAUAGCAAGCGAUGCAUUCUCCACCUUCAAAGAGCUAUUAACCCGCCACAAAUUGCUUUGUGCCGAAUUCUUGGAGGCCAACUAUGACAAAUUCUUCACCCAGCACUAUCAGCACCUUCUAAAUUCGGAGAACUAUGUAACACGACGCCAGUCGCUAAAGCUGUUGGGCGAACUGCUGUUGGACCGCCAUAACUUCACCGUGAUGACCCGGUAUAUCUCUGAACCGGAAAAUCUAAAGUUAAUGAUGAACAUGCUCAAAGAGAAAUCACGCAACAUACAAUUCGAGGCCUUCCAUGUUUUUAAAGUUUUCGUGGCCAAUCCCAACAAACCCAAGCCAAUUCUCGAUAUCCUGCUGCGCAAUCAAUCAAAACUGGUGGAUUUCUUGACAAACUUUCACACAGAUCGUUCCGAAGAUGAGCAAUUCAAUGACGAGAAGGCGUAUUUGAUCAAGCAAAUCCGGGAGUUGAAGCCUGUGCAAGAAGCUUAGUGGGUGUUGCAAGACAAACGCCGCCUCCAGCCCUCAAAUAUGCAACCACAAAACCAGAAACAACAAGAAAUCCUAUAAAAAAUGCCAAAAUGCAUACAAACGAAUAAGAAAAACAAAAAGAUAAAUAAAACCAGACGUUAGAACUGCAUGUAAAACAACAACCAUUAGACCUUAACGAAGCAGAAGAAGAUACAGAAGAUUAUUUUGAAACUAACACAAACAACACGCAACACAUAUUGAACGAACGAACGAACCAACCAAUGAAUGAAUCACCAUUGCCACCACCACCACCACCACCAAGGACCACUCUGCGACUGAGGCAAAGUUUGGGUGUAAGUUUGGAAAUUGGAUGCUGAUGGAUGGAUGGAUGCGUGUGGAAUCAAUUGGGACUGCUUGGCAGCAUGGUUUCUUUUUUCUGUUUCUAAUGGGACUUAGUAUGUAUGAUGAAAUGAAGAAGAAGAAGAAGAAGAAGAAGGGAAGAAGAGAAGAACAUAGUAAUAGUUUAUAUUUAGUAGUUUAACAAACAACAAGCAAAAACAAACGUGUUAAUAUAACGCGCCAACCGAAACCGUUUAACGAACGACAAACAGAAAAAGAUAUAUGAUAUGAUAUGAAGAGACACUACUUUUAGCUUAUAAUACAAAAUUUAUAAAGAAAAACAUAUGAACACUUAAAAAUACAAUAAUUUAAAAAUAAUAAUUAAAAAUUAAAAAUUUUUAAGAAGAAAAACCAAUUAAAAACAACAACAACCAUGCAACUGAAUUUAAAACUAAUACACUAAAUGAAAACCAACAACUACAACAACAACAACAAAUAUUAAUAAUAUAUUUUAUAACAAACAAGAACAGUAAAAGUAAACAAAGCAAAAGGGAAGCCGCCGCCGCCGACGCCGCUGCCGCCAAGAACGACAUCUACACAACAUUAACAUGUCACACACAAAUAUCUGGCGAAAAUUACACGAAAGACAAACACACACACACAGAAAAAGGCUCACAUGCCCACUACCAUAGAACAUUGUUGAACAUUUCAAUUCCAGACCCGACCUUACCACAAUCUCAAACAACACUCCAAUCCAAAUCCAUUCUGUCUGUCCUCUUAUUCUAUUUGUUAUUGUUUUCUGUUUCAUAUGCUAAGUGCAAAAAAAAAAAACAAAAUUGCCCUCUCCUUUAUCUUUGUUGGACACCUAACAUUCUCCUCCUACGCCUCUAACCAUGUUGUUUGUUUCCCAACCGCGCUAUUUGUAUCUCAAUUACAAUGUUACCAUUGUUUUCUUUCAUAUUCAACUGAAAAUGUAACGAUUCUUUUUAUUAAGCAAAACUUUUUUAAACUAAAAUCUCUCUCUCUCACACACACACACAGCAUAUUUAAAAGAAAAACCAACAACAAAUCAACAACCUCCACAACAUUACUGCAUAUAUUAUUAUAAAUUAUAUUAUUAUAUAAUAAAGGAAAGAAAAACGAAAACCAACAACAAUAAAGAAAACACACUAAAAAAGACACAUGUCGCUAAGGCGAACCAAGAAAGAAAGUUAUAAAUGCAA